AUUUUGCUUUGAAUAUUCGUUUUGAUCGCUUCCUGAACACUGGGAACUGGUAUUGCCGAAGUGAGUCGAUCCUUGAUCUGGAAAAAUUCUGGGAACGUAGAAACUUAGAAAAAUUUACAUGUUAAUAGAUGCACAUAAAAGUUGUAAUCAUCAAAAUACCCCGCAUUAUAUAAACCCGACAAGAUUGUGGUACACUCAAGCGUGACAACUGCGAUAGAUUUCCUGACACCGCUUCCCACCGUAAUCGAUAGCCGAAGUGGAUAAAGGGACGUACAGGUCAAACAUACAACCUACUAAUGGAUCUAUGCGUGAUCGGAGCAGGAGUGGUCGGAUUGACUACCGCCCUGGAAUUGCAACGGGAAUUUCGCAAUGCAAACAUUACCAUAGUGGCGGAUCGGUUCGAACAAGACACCUGCAGUGAUGUGGCGGCUGGACUGUUCCGACCUGGGACUAGUUUCUGCGGACCGACGGAAGAAAUUACUAGAAAAUGGAUUUCUGAUGCGUACCGCUACUGGGAUGAUAUCCGCAAAACGGAGGAUGCCAUCGAUGCAGGAGUGACACAACUUUCGGGUUAUAUUUUCUCCAGCAUCGAUCCGGCAAUUGUACGGAAUCAUUACAUUGAAAAAGUGGUCCCGUUGUACCGUUCCGCGACUGAAUCGGAACUGAAGCUGUGCCCCGGUGAGUGGAAGUAUGGAUCAUUCUUCACUACGAUUCUGACUGAAUGUAGGCUGUUUCAACCAUGGGCUACAAAAAGAAUACUACGGAACGGAGGUCGAAUUGUAACAGGGAAAAUAGACAAUUUUUCGAAGCUUAAUGGAAAGUUCGACGUUGUCGUUAACUGCACCGGUAUGGGAGCGAAACAAUUGUGUGGAGAUUACAAACUUGUACCUAUACGAGGCCAAGUGAUCAAAGUGAAGGCUUCCUGGGUGAAGACAGCUUUCUACGCGGACUACGAUACCUAUAUCAUUCCCGGUUUUCAGGGUGUCACGCUGGGAGGUUGUCGUAAUUUUGAUAGUUAUAAUUCGGAACUAUGCAAACACGACUCAGCAGCAAUCAGGGAGAGAUGUGAAGCAUUGUUGCCUAGUCUAAAGGGUGCGCCUGUUAUCAGAGAAGCAGUGGGCUUGAGACCUCAUCGAGACCCGGUGCGAGUGGACACUGAAUUGGUCGAAACCGCCACGGGACGUUUGAAAGUGGUUCACAACUACGGACACGGUGGCUAUGGGGUAACAACAGCCCCAGGAACGGCGAUUUACGCUGCUCGAUUGGUGUCUGAUAUGUUUAAGAGCAAUAGCAAAUUGUGAAAAUUAAACUUUUUUUAUAUAUAACAGAUAAAUGCAUAUGAUUUCUCUUAAAA